AUGGCCUCAAUGGCUGCUCUGAACCCAUACGGGCACCUGAUCCGGUCCGCCCGCACCGGCGUCACCUACCUCCCUCGCCGCACCCUCACGUAUACCGUCCCUCGUUUCGCCCAAGAAGACGGUCCCAAUGGCUCCAAUAACCAAUCCGACUCGCCGCAACCUAAGGGCGGAGCCCUCUCUUCCAUCAAGAACUUCUUCUUCGGCGGCAAAUCCGCCGCGGAGAAGCCCAAGAUCACCCGCCGCGCCAACGCCCCCCUCAAACGUGAGGGUUCGCUGAGCGCCGACUCCAUCUUCGCCGAGGACGAAGCCUCCCCGAAACUCAUUGCCAGCGGCCGCACGCCGAGUCGCAGGACUGCUGCUCAGCCCGCCGAGGGCGAGGAGGAAGCGGAGUAUACGUACGCCGUGGACGGUCGUAACCGCGAGACGAUGCAGACGGCGUUGGAUCCUCGUCCAAACGCCCGCGUCCGCUGGGAACGCAAGAUGGUGAUCCGCGAGGUCCGCCGUCGUGGCCGGAUCAGCAAGACGGAGCAGAUCCUGCGCACGGAGCGCGAGUCCACCUCCAAGUCGCAUUGGUUCAAGACCUCCGUCAAGAAGCUGGGUCCUCUGGCGAGACAGAUCGCCGGCAAGAACAUCGACGAAGCCAUGCUGCAGAUGCGGUUCAGCAAGAAGAAGGCCGCCAAGGACGUCCUGGAGCAUCUGCAGCACGCGAAGAACGUCGCCAUCGUUCGCUCCGGUAUGGGUCUGGGCGCCGCUUCCGACAAGGGGGUCACCAUCACCCUCAAGUCGGGCCAGCGCAAGACCAUCACCGACCCCACCGCCAUCUACAUCGAACAGGCCUGGGUGAACCGCGGUCCGUACGGCUACGACUACGACCACCGCGCCCGCGGUCAGAUCAACAUGUUGCGUCCGCCGUACACCUCUCUGUCCGUGGUGCUGAAGGAGGAGAAGACGCGCAUCCGGGAAUGGCAGGUCCGCGAGGCCGAGUCGCAGCGUAAGCGCAAGACUCAACUCUGGACUCAGCUUCCGGACCGGAAGAUUAGUGCCCAGAACCAGUACUACAGCUGGUAG